UGUGUGUGUGUGUGUGUGUACAUAGGAGCAACAAAAUAUUUUUUAUUCUGACAUCCAAACAUUAUUCUAACAUUCAUGCGUAACUCACACCAUAUAUGAAUACGUCUAUUACACGCAGUUAUCAAGACAGUUCCAGAAAACGACACACGUCACAUGUUUACUUUUGUACUUAAAAUUUUAUUUCAAGAAAAAAUAUGACAUAGGAUGUAUAUGAGUUUCCUUUUAACAAAAUUCCUCUGUAAAAUGUUUGUGUGGUCUCUUUGUGCAGAAACAACGACGACGAGUACAACGAGGAAGGAAAAGAGCGACGACUUGCCCUCAGUAAGAAUCCUUUGUUGCUUUGUCUUUUGCGGCGCUGCCUGAGGACCAUGAGGGUCAGCGUGCUGACCGGCCUGUGUGUGGCGGCGGUGGUGCUCUGUCUGUACCUCCCCCAGCCGUGUGAGGCCCAGUGGGACAUGCCCCUGGUGGUAGCUGUCGUUUCAAAGCUCGCUAAGCUCACUCGCAUGUGGUACAGAGACUCUGUAAACUUUAUGGGCCACGUCUGCCACAUCAAAAGGAGCCCAACCGUCAGGAAGUUUAAGCUGUACUACAAAGGAAGGUUCUGGUGUCCCGGCUGGACACCUAUCACCGGCACAUCUUUGACAAAGGGCAGGACAUCAUCAGUGAGGGAGGCCACUCGGAGCUAUGUAUAUCAGGCCUUCACGAGGGGGUUCAUCCACGAGGAAGCCAUAAACUCUGGCUCAGAGGCUAAGGAUGCAGAAAGACGGAAUUAAGAUAAAAAGGGACAACAAAGACGAAAUGAUGUGCGAAGAGAGGCUAGGAGGAGAAAAUGAAGAAAUGGUAGUUGUACUAUUCUACUGCUAUGUUUAAGUAUGAUUCAUGUGGUAUUACUCUCCUUGGUGACAAAAAAUAUUAAAUAAUGAUGAAGACAAAUUUUUCAAUAAAUUGAUGAUCAUC